AUGAAUUUUAGGUUGUAUACACUAUCUUCUCAAAUGUUGUUCUGGCUGUGUUUAACUAGUAGUGGAGCAAGUAUUGUCGCACAAUCUAAUGUUCCAAAAAAAGUCGUGAGACAAGGGGAUGUUUACUUAAUUGGAAUAUUUUCUGUGUGUUCACAGUACGGAGUUAGCAAGUUUAACCUUACAGCUUUUGCAGGACAUCUCGGUUUGGUAAAUAUAAUAGCGUCAGAGAAAUUUGGCUACGUUUCUUAUGACGUUUGUAACGACACAAGCUUGCUUUUACAGAUUCUCAUGUCACUGGCUUUUGAUCAGUACUAUGUGUAUAACUCAGAUGUUCCACCAAUUACGUUUGAAAGAUGUUCUUGUGCAAAAUCAUCAGCUGCCGUACUAGGAGUGAUUGGUGUGAUGUCAGAUGACAUGGCAAAGUUAGCAGCAAAUAUUAUGAUGCCCUUAAACAUCUCCUUCUUUUCUUAUAACAAAUUUAAUAUAAUUCCAGAUGUAGAAAACUCGCACCCGAAUUACAUUCCGUUUAAAGGUAUCGUUGAGAUGUCUUUGCAUAUAAAAAAUGUCAUGUCUUAUUUCAAAUGGAAGCGGUUGGUGUUAUUAUGCGACCAUUGCAACGUAAUGCAAGAUCUUUUUUUAACUGAAGUAUGGAGUGCUCUAACUGACAUUACAGAUACUUGUAUUUCAUAUUACAAAGUCGAUAAAAGCAUCAACGGUUCAAAUAUCGACGACUUUGUAAACAUUCUUACAAAUGAUAAAAUUAACAUUGUGUUUGGUGGUAUGGACAAUCCAAAAGGAUUCAGAGUUGGUGAUGAACUAUUUAAAGCCUUAAUAAAACGUAAUAUCACAAACAAGGUAUGGUUUUUGGAAUUAGGUAACUACCCUUAUAAUCUCAAUUACAUUGAUCGCAGAAUAUUGCACGGCUUGUUUGUUAUGUGGAAUCGAUUAUCCUUGAGCAAAACUCCUAACGUAAUGGACGUAUUAAAUCCUAUUAUUACAGAAAAUCAACAGAUAGAUGAUCUAUAUAUUACAACGUAUCUUAACAAUUACAAACACAAUAAAAACUUGGGUGAGCUAAGGGAUGUCACAUCCAUACACAAUGCAGUUUACAAUUACGUCAGUCAUGUAGCUUUUCAAUUUAUCCACGUAUUUUCUACAUACACUUGGUGGACUAAACAGAAAAUAAUAGAAAAUAUUAAAUUACGAAUAAGAUAUACUAUCAGAUUUUAUAAUCAAAACACAACAGGUGUCCCAUAUCACCGGUAUUCUUAUGAUGAUAGCCAAAAAAUAAUGUUCAACAGCUGGCACAUACCAAAGGAGUUUUCCUGGCCCAACAAUCAAAAAAAUGCUCCUAUUUCUGUAUGUUCAAAACAGGAAUGUCCACCUUCAUUUGAAAAUAGAAAAGAACACUUUUUGUCACAUGAGACAUUAUGGCAGAAAGAAUACAGUUGGGUCUGCAGAAAAUGCAAACCCGGGCAUUUUAAAAGCAAAAUCGGUAACCAGUCUUGUAUAAAAUGCAAUGAACAUUUAAUUGCAAAUGAUCAGCAAACAGCUUGUAUCGAUCCAUACCAAAAUGAACAUCUAAGCAUUUUCGAUAUACCAGUACUUAUUUCCGAAGUAGUGUCCUUAACAGGGCUUCUGUGGCAAGUAUUUGUCAUCACAGUUUUUGUUAAGUUUCGCAAGACGCCCUGCGUAAAAUCUUCAAACUUUGUCAUGUCUAUAACACAAUUGAUUACGUUUGCAGUAUUUUUUCCUUUUUACAGCUACGUAACAAUAGAAAAACCUUCCUUUCUAAUAUGCACAGUGAAGCCGUGUGUUAUUGGAAUAAUCUUGACGUUUGGGAUAUCUAUCACACUUUCAAAAACACAAAAGCUUCUUUUUGCCUUUCAAGCAAAAACAAAAUUGACCAGGUCUGCAUUAAUUCUGACAAAGGCAACAGAAGUGUUGAUACUUAGCCUAUUGUUGCUAAUUGAUUGUGCAAUUAUUGCUGCUUCAUACCUGCAGAUCAAAGUGGAAGUUCGAGAGCAUCCCGACAAUAAUGUAAUGAAAAGGUACUUCUAUUGCAGUACCGACAACAAUGUUUUGAUCCACGCAGUUUUCUUGUUAUGCUUAUCCAUCACAUGCAACGUACAAGGAUUUCGCGCGAGAAAAUUACCACAAAAUUUCAACGAAACAAAGUUUAUUCUAUAUGGCACAUUCGUUUUCAGUUUGGUAAUGGUGAUGUUAUUUCCGUUAUAUUAUAGUCAACAAAACCCAUUAACAAAAGCCGUUUUAAACCUAAUCUUACCUUCCAUUGGGAUUCUGCUUCUGUCGAUCAUUUUAUACGGUAACAAGGUGUUCAUAAUUUUGCUUCAUCCGGAAAAAAAUACAGCAAAGUCCUUUCGAAAGGGGGUUCUUGAAAAUAUGAGAAAAAGAGUUGAAAAAGAAACAAGACGAAGGGAAAAAAAAAUCUUGAGAGAAAGCACGUCCAAUCAAAGAACAUCAUCGGUUAAAUCUCAAAGCUGUUUUGAGAAAGAUGAAGAAUCGAUAUCAAGAAAGAUAAAAGAAAAUAGCUAA